AUGUCUCUGUUGCGGAAGGAAGGCAUACGGGAUGCAAACUCCAUGCGUAGUCUUCCAACCAGGACCAGGGAUAUACCUCAAAAAUCUUUGCUAGGAAAAAUUGUAACAUGCCAGCCAGGGAAAGUUAGAUUAAAUGCAACAAAAGGGGUUUCAAGUGUAUGUGAGCCACUCCCACCGGAUAGGCCAUUGUGGUUCCCUGGUAGCUCACCACCUGACUGGCUUGACGGAAGCCUUCCUGGAGAUUUUGGCUUCGACCCACUUGGAUUAGUAAUUAUAUCAGUUCUUGAGAUCCAUCAUCAUGCAUCAUGCGUUUCAGGGUCUGAUCCGGAGUUGCUUAAAUGGUUCGCACAAGCUGAGCUAGUGCACGGCAGGUGGGCAAUGCUAGCUGUAGCAGGAAUUCUCAUUCCAGAAUGGCUUGAAAGACUAGGCCUUAUUGAGAAUUUCAAUUGGUUUGAUGCUGGUGCUCGACAAUACUUUGCAGAUCCUGCAACCUUGUUUGUAGUGCAGUUAAUCUUGAUGGGUUGGGUCGAGGGAAGAAGAUGGGCUGAUAUGAUUAAGCCAGGGUGUGUUGAUAUAGAGCCUAAAUUACCACAUAAAACUAACCCGAAGCCAGAUGUUGGUUACCCUGGUGGCUUAUGGUUUGAUCCCUGGGAUUGGGGUCGAGGGUCACCGGAACCUGUAAUGGCAAUAAGGACUAAAGAGAUUAAGAACGGGCGUCUUGCUAUGCUAGCCUUCGUCGGUUUUUGCUUCCAGGCCAUUUAUACUGGAGAAGGCCCUAUUGAUAAUUUGAUGGCUCACAUUGCAGAUCCUGGUCAUUGCAACAUAUUUUCUGUAAUCCUCUAUCCCUGA